AUGGCCACCUCUGUCUCCGCCCUCACCCUUCCCCGCCUCCCCGUGUCGCCGCCAAUGCCAGCGCGGGCGUCGCCGGCAGCGACGAUGCCGAGGCGGAGGGGGACCAGGCCCCUCCGCGCCGCGUGCGCCUACGCGCUCCAGGAGGGCCAGUCCCGCCGCUCCCACCGCCUGCCCUGCGGCCUCGACCUAGAGGUCAUCGCCCAGCAACCGCCCACUCCGACCCCGGGAAGGAGCGACCGGCCGCCGCUGGUGUUCCUGCACGGGAGCUUCCACGCUGCCUGGUGCUGGGCGGAGUACUGGCUGCCCUUCUUCUCGCGCGCUGGGUUCUCCUGCUUCGCCCUCAGCCUCCGAGCGCAGGGUGAAAGCAGCAUUCCAUCUGAGGCAGUGGCUGGCACGCUCGAGACACAUAGUGGCGAUAUUGCGGAUUUCAUCCGAAAGGAGGUUCCUGGCCCACCUAUUCUAAUUGGACAUUCCUUUGGGGGCUUGAUUGUGCAGCAAUAUAUAUCAUGCCUACAAGGUAUGAAGUCUUCAUUACGUGUCACCUUUUCUAUUAUAAAUUCAGAACCUCUUCAUCCAAAGCUUUCCGGUGCUGUUCUUGUCUGUUCUGUGCCUCCCUCAGGAAACAGUGGAUUGGUAUGGCGUUACCUUUUGACUAAACCAAUUGCUGCUGUCAAGGUUACUCUUAGCUUGGCUGCAAAAGCGUAUGCAAAUUCAUUGCCUCUCUGCAAGGAAACAUUUUUCUCAUCAGAAAUGGAUGACGAACUAGUCCUGAGGUACCAAGGUCUAAUGAAGGACAGCUCGAAGUUGCCACUAUUUGACUUGAGGAAACUCAAUGCAUCAUUGCCUGUACCCUCCGUGGGAAAUGGUACAUUAGAAGUUCUGGUCAUGGGUGCCAGCAACGAUUUCAUUGUGGAUGUGGAAGGACUUUCUGAAACUGCAAGAUUCUACAAUGUGCAACCUGUCUGUGUGGAAGGGGUAGCACAUGAUAUGAUGCUAGAUUGCUCGUGGGAGAAAGGAGCUGAGAUAAUCCUGUCAUGGUUAGAUAAGCUCGUGCCACGAUCAGUGUAGUAUU